UCAUAGUAUGAUUUAGGGUUUGAAUCGCCUAUAUAACACUAUUCCCGCGGCCAGCCGACCACUAGCGGCAGUUAUCGGCGAGUAUCCAGGCUGAAAGAGAAAAAAAAUCUAGAAACCAUGUCUCUGAUCGCGAACGAGGAUUUCCAGCAUAUUCUUCGCGUUUUGAACACGAAUGUCGAUGGAAAGAAGAAGAUAAUGUUCGCCCUUACAUCCAUCAAGGGCAUCGGCCGACGCUUCGCCAACAUAGUUUGCAAGAAGGCUGAUGUCGACAUGAACAAAAGAGCUGGUGAGCUUUCGGCUGCUGAGCUUGAGAAUCUGAUGACUGUUGUAGCGAACCCCCGCCAGUUCAAAAUCCCGGAUUGGUUUCUGAACAGGAAGAAGGACUACAAAGAUGGAAGAUACUCUCAAGUUGUGUCCAAUGCUUUGGACAUGAAGUUAAGGGAUGAUCUGGAACGCCUGAAGAAAAUCAGGAACCACCGUGGACUGCGCCACUACUGGGGCCUUAGGGUUCGCGGUCAGCACACCAAGACCACUGGGAGGAGGGGGAAGACCGUUGGUGUCUCCAAGAAGCGAUAAGUUUUCAGGCAUGUUUGUGCUUAAAUGUAGUAUUUCUGAGUUUAUUUUAUUUUUAUUUAUUUUCAGUCACUGUUAAGUAUUUUUUCCCCCCCUCUUGGGAAGUAUAUGAUAACUCCCUUGCAAGUAUAUUAUUUGUUAGGAAAUUUAGCAUACAUCCAUACAAUUCAUAUGUUUUUACAUAUCCAA